GAGUCUCAAAGGAAAAGCAGCCCGCAACAAGGAAACAAGGAAUGUGAUCAAUAGAGCCACAAGGACCUCCCAUCUUCUGUCACUGCUUUUAAAAUAAAUCUAUUUUUGUCAACCAAAGAUUAGUUUUUCUAAGCUAACAUAGUAUUUUACUACUAAGAUUUUCUACACAAAUGCUUUAACUAUUUGUAAUUAAAAAAUAUGUUUUAUGACAAUAAUUUAGUAUGCACUACCUCUCACUGGACAGACUGUUGUUAUUUACAAACUAGCAGUUUCUUGAAGUGUUGAACCUGUCUUACAAGAUGGCUAAAUGGUGCUGGCUGUUUUUGUCAUUCCAGUUUUACUGUCAUCUAACCUGUUUGGUUUCAAAGAGAAUGAAGUGGGUGUUUUCAUUGUGUUUGACUCCUGAAACCAAUAAUGACUUUCUUUAUCAGUUAUAAGGAGCCAUUAGCCUCCAUGUAAAAAGGAUGUCCCUGAUUCACUGAUGUCAGAGCAUUUAAAGAACAAUAAAGGUAUUCAGUAAUGCCUUGUCUUUAAAUACUGAUUUGGUGUGAAUCAAAUAGGUGUAAAUCCUAAAUGAUUUCCAGUGAUAAACCAAUAACCUACAGUGAGCGCGCAUUCGUUGACGUGACUGGAGAGCUCAGCGUGUGCGCGCCCGUGCACGAGUGUCUCUAGACUGAAGCGAUCGUUUUAACGUCCGAUUUUGCCUGAGAAAGAAGUUAAAUAUGGCCUCAAAGAAAAACGAGAAAACUGAUAAAAGUGAGAAGGCUUUAGCUGCGGAGAAGGAACAAUUCGUCAAACUGCAGCUUCAAAGCAUCAACAAAUGCAUCACCAGCGCAGAAGCCCCCAUCAAAGAGAAAUAUGGACGCAAGAUUAUUUUAGGCACACACAAGGAAGGCGGCGCGGUCACGUUCUGGUCUCAUGCCGUGAAUUUGCCACUGUCCAGUAACGCCAUUCUCAGCUGGAAAUUCUGCCACUUGGUGCACAAACUACUACGAGACGGCCACCCGAAUACUCUGCGAGACAGCAGAGGGCAAACGGCAAGCAUCAGGCAAAUGGGAAUGUUAUGGGGGAAUCUACAUGAUAGAUAUGGACAUAUUGUUGCACUCUACACAAAGCUUUUGUGUGUUAAAAUUGAUUUCCAUUUAAAGCUUUUGGAAAUCCCUCCAAAUCUUGAAGCCCCUGAGGAAGUUCUUGAUAAAGCCAUCGCCGUUGACAUCAACAAAGUGUUUGACAUGACAGGGGAAGUUCUUGACUACAUGGAAGCAGCACUAAAACUGCAGGAAACAGUUUUUCGGCAAAUGGAGUCCAAUUCCACCAGUUCUACCACCUUAGUGGGUCAGUGCCGUCUGGCACCGCUGGUUCAGGUUAUCCAGGACUGCGGGCCACUCUACCACUUUCUAGUCAAGCUCCUGUUCAAGCUGCACAGCCGAAUACCAAUGGAUGCUCUGUUAGGACACAGAGAACGAUUUCGUGAGCAGUUCAACAGCCUGACACAGUUUUUUGAGAAAGCAAGAGGGAUAGAGUUUUUUAAAACUAUCAUUCAGAUCCCCGAUCUUCCCGCUGAGCCUCCAAACUUUCUGCGCGCAGCCUCACUCGCAGAUCACGUGAAGCCAGUGGUUGUUCAGAAUCAGGGAAUACCUGACGAUGAUGACACUGACACACAGAUGGACUUCAAUGAAGGACAGUCGUACCAAAUGUAUUAUGGAUUCAACCAGUAUGACCCUACAAGCGAUUUACCAGAGCAAAGACAGACAGAGGCUGAUACACUGAGGAUGGAACUUGAAGUGGUGAAACCAGAACUGGAGCUUGUGAAAGUUGAGGCCCAGCGUGCUGUGGUCUAUUUGAAGACUCAGGUGAAUAAACUGGAAUCUGAGCUUGAAGACCAGCGCACACACAAACAGAUGGCACUGGUGGAGAAUGAACGCCUGCGCAUGGAGGUGGAGACGCUCAGAGCUCAGACCGCAGUCGCAGCCAGCAUUCAGGCCACGGCUGAAGACGCAGGCAGUAGGGCUCAAACAGCACAGAUUAAUUUCACUCGACUCAAAGAAAAGCAUGCCGAGCUGGUCAGCAGACACGCUGAUCUCAUGCGGAAGAAUACAGAAGUGCUGAAGCAGCUCAGCAGCACUCAAAAGGCUCAGGAGGAGCUGGCUGUGGCUAAACAGCAGAUGGCAGUAGAGGUCGAGCAGCUCAGACAGGAGAACAGCACCAAGCUGGAGGCACAGAAAGCAGAGAUUGAAUGUUUGAAGCUCGAGUUACAGACCGGGAAGGCUGAAAUGUCUCAUGUCCAUAAUGCUUUGCAGACCAAGGAGAAGGCUGGAGGCCAGCUGAGCAGUGUGUUAGUGGGUCUGCAAGCAGAGAAGGAGGCACUGAUGCGUACAAUUAGAGAACAGGAAGCUGAAAUCGCUAGCCUGCGUCAGGCCGUCCAGCUCCACCAGACCACUCUACAGCAGGAGAGAGACAGAUAUCAAAGAGAGAUCUCCGCACUACAGAACCAACUACAGGAAAAGCUGUGUCGUGAACAGGAGCAGCAGAUGGAGAUUGAGAAACUGAGACGAGAGCUUGUAGAGAAGCGUGCAGAGGUGCUGCAUGCUCAGAGUGCUCUGAACAAUAAAGAAACUGCUGGAGAUCAGCUGGGCAGUGUUUUAGUGGGUCUGCAGUCAGAGAAAGAGGUUCUUCUGCGCUCAGUGAAGGAACAGGAAGCUGAAAUCACUAACCUGCGUCAGGCUGCUCAACUCCACCAGGCAACUCUCCUACAGGAAAGAGAGAGGGGUCAGAGAGAGAUGGCAUCACUGCACAACCAACUACAGGCAAAGUUUAGUCAGGACUCAGGACUGUUUCAGCAGAGGUUGCAGGAUGAGCAGUUCAGUCUGUUGCAGUGUGCUGUGGUGGAGGCAGAGGGCAUCGUCUUGGACGCCGUCGCCAAACUGGACGAUCCGUUACACGUCCGCUGCAUCAGCACACCAGAUUAUUUGAUCAAUCGGGCUGAGUUGACGUUGGCCUGCAUCGACAAGAUGCAACAGAGUCAUGGUGGAUAUUUGAGGAAUAUGGAUGAUGCGAGUGGUUUGUUGAGAUCAGUUACUCAGUUCUCCCAUCUCAUCUCAGACACUAUUGUUAACGGAGCGGGCACUGCCCACUCAGCACCGACGGACCAAGCAGACCGAUUGACAGAUAACUGUAGGGAUUGUUCCACUCACUGUCUCCAGUUCCUGAAAGAACUCAAGAUGAAGGCCACCCUCCCGAGAGCUGACCCCACUGCUGUCCGCUACGUGGUCCAGCGCAUACUCAAUCAAGGCCAGGACCUGCGACCCAAUGGCGCAGAUGUUCGGAAGGAAGAACUGGCAGAUAUGGUUGAUAUGGAAAUGGCUGCAACUUCCUCUGCCAUUGAAGAGGCUGUGCUGAGAAUGGAUGAAAUUUUGAGCCAGGCAAGGAGAGAUACUUCUGGAGUGAAACUGGAAGUUAACCAAAGCAUCCUUGGCUCCUGUUCGGAUCUAAUGAAGGCGAUACACAUGUUGGUCACAGCCUCCACUGACCUGCAGAGAGACAUUGUGGAAAGUGGCAGGGGUGCUGGAUCCGUCAAAGACUUCUAUGCUAAAAAUUCACGUUGGACUGAAGGUCUCAUCUCUGCGUCAAAGGCUGUAGGAUGGGGUGCCACACAGAUGCUUGAUUCUGCAGAUAAAGUGGUGACUAACGGAGGUAAAUAUGAGGAGCUGAUUGUGUGCUCUCAUGAGAUUGCAGCCAGUACGGCACAGCUCGUCGCUGCCUCAAAGGUAAAGUCAGAUCGAGGCAACAAGAAGCUCCAAACUCUGCAGCAGGCCUCCCGCCAUGUGAACGACAUGGCUGCUCUUGUGGUGACAUCCACCAAGGCAGGACAGAUGCAGAUUGAGGAGAAGAACUCCAUGGACUUUUCAGACAUGUCCCUUAUAAAGCUCAAAACAGAAGAAAUGGAUUCCCAGGUGAAAGUUCUAGAGCUGGAGACACAGCUGGCAAAUGAACGUGUACGGCUGGGAGAACUCAGGAGAAGACACUACGACAUGGGAGGAAUCCCAAUGGACUCGUCUUCCGAUAAAGCAGUGGAUAAUUUUGACAGUUCACUACCUACCCAUUAUCCUGACCCGCCCACAAUGGAACUGCCCAGUUUAGAACCACUCAGACUGGAACCUCAAGCACCUGAGCCCGCUAAAGGCUCUAAACGAACUUCAAUCUUUCAUAAAUCAGGCAGCAUCCUUAAGAAUGCAUUCAGGUAAAAGGAGCCCAAGGUCAAGAUGUAUUAAGAAGAAACCAUCAGAAAUGAAUGUACAUUAUUAUGAAGCAUAGCCCAUUGCAUACUUGAUCAUGGUUUGACAGUGCACUGGGUAAGAUAGAAUAAAAAACAUAAAUAUCACCAAAGAUAUACCAGGAUUAUUUAUAUUACCAUUCACUGAACCACUGAAAUGAAGAUUUACUAUCAGGUAAUUGAUUAUUAUGGACAUUUUUAACUAUGCCUGUGUUAGAUUUGUUUACCAGCACCAUCAAAAUGUGGAUGGCUGGUACCAUAUUGAGGACCUUCAUAGGCCUGUACUGACUGCUGUUAACCUUUGACCUUUUAAAACUAUUCUUAUAAAGUUAUUUCAGCUAUAUGAAGACAAGAACAACACUUGAAAUUGACUCCCUUCAAAAUGUCAUAAGAAUACUAUUAGACCGGUCACCCUCAAAGUAUUCGUUCUGAUGUUUAUUUCUGACUUAACUUCUUUAAAAUGUUUUUACAUUUUAACAUUAUUUACCAUACAGUGAGAGCCACUCCAAAAGGUGGAAGUAGGUUUACUUCAAUAUUUAGGGUCAUUGUCCUGCUGUAACACCCAACUUGUACCGAGCUUCAGCUGGUGCACAGCAACCCUGACAUUAUCCUUAGGAUAUCUUGAUAAACUUGGGAAUUCAUUUUUCCCUCGAUGAUGGCAUGUGGUCAAGGCCCUGAAGCAACAAAGCAGCCCCGAAUCAUGAUUCUCCCUCCACCGUUGGGAUGAUGUUUUCAUGUUGGUAUGUGGUGCCCUUUUUACACCAUACAUAGCUGCGUGUUCUUCACAAAAAAUUCAACCUUAGUUUCAUCCGUCCACAAAACAUUUUCCCAGUUGCGUUGUGGAGUGUCAAGGCGGUCUUUUUCAAACUUCAGGCAUGCAGCAAUGUUUUUGUUGGAAAGCAGCGGCUUCCUUCGUGGUGUCCUGCUAUGGACAACGUGCCUAUUUAAUGUUUUUGGUAUAGCAUACUCAUGAACAGAGAUGUUUAACCAGUUACAAUGAUUCCUUCAUGUCUUCAUCUGUCACUCUAAGGUUCUUUUGUAACUCAUUGAGCAUUCUACAGUGUGUCCUUUGAGUCAUCUUGGCUGGACGGCCACUUCUAGUGAGAGUACCCACAGUACUAAAUGUUCUCCAUUGAUGGACAGUUUGUCUAACUGUGGAAAGAUGAAUAUCUAAGCUUGUCUAGAUAAUUUUAUAACCCUUUCCAGCUUUAUGCAAAGCAAAAAUUCUCAAUCGUCGGAUUUCUAAGAUCUCUUGUUUUGCUAUGCAUGGUCCACAUCAGCAGAUGCUUCUUGUGCAUAGCGAACUCAAAAUGCUUUGAGUGCUUUUAUAAGUCACAGUAUAUCUAACCUACACCUCCAGUCUGGUUAAUUAAUUGGAUGCCAGGAUUGCCAACUCCUGACUCUAAUUAGUUUUUGUUGAUGUCAUAAGCAUAGGGGUUCACAUACUUUUUCCAAAACUGUAAAUGUUUGAAUUGUCUAUUCAAUAUGUACAAGAACAAUACAAUAAUUGCUGUGUUAUUAGUUAAAACAGAUUGUGUUUGUUCAUUAUUGUAACGUAGAUGAAGAUCAAACCAGAUUUUAAGACAAAUGUAAAUAUAAUGCAAGUACUUCCAAAGGGUUCACAUAUUUUUAAUUGCCACUCUAGUAAUAAAACCCUUCUGUAACUGUUGUAUCUUUGCUAUUUUGCAGAAAUGUUGCAGAUUCAGGGAACCCUGUACAAACAUUUACUGCAUGUACCAUAGUUUGUGCUGAAAUACCAUGUUAUUUGUGACAACAGUAAAAUAGUAAUAAAUAAAUA